AUGAAUCAGUCACGUACCGCCAGCAAGUCCGCGAGCACCACCGCCGAGCUGCGCCAGCACGCUCUCAUGGCCAUGGCCCGGGUCUCCAAGCCAGGCUGUGUGACGUACUACACCGACGGCUCGGUUGACCCGGACAGCGGAAGGACGGGCGCCGCCGCCAUCACCGGAGGGACCGAGCUGGGAGUGCGGACCCCAGACCACUGCUCCACCCUGCAGACCGAGCUGGUGGCCAUCCAGCUGGCCCUGGAGCACGCCCACCACCGUCAGGAGCCCACCGUGGUGCUGCACACCGACUCCAAGUCGGGAUUGCAGGCCCUCCAGCAGCCGCAGCCCAGCGACAACGUGGGCCUCGUCACCGCCAUCCUGGGCAGCCUCCAGAGCCUCGCCGCGCAGGGGCGGCAGGUGAGGCUCAACUGGAUCCCCAGCCAUGUGGGGGUGCGAGGCAACGAGGCUGCCGAUGCGGCCGCGAAGAGAGCAGCGGAGAGCUCCCGGUUGACCAGGCCCGUGCCCCCCAGUCUACGGCAGGUGAAGGCGCGAGCCAGGCGCGCCGCCAUCGAGACGACGCGCCAGACACACCGGCAGCUGGAGCCAAGGAAGAGGCAGGCGGCAUGGUACGCCACCGCCACCGACUACCAGCCGCUCGACGCCUCCCUGCAGCGGCCCAGGGCGGACGGCGUGCUGCUGCAGUGCGUCAGGCUGGGUUUCUGCACGAAGGAGGAGCUCUAUGACGGCUUCGAGGGGCAGGAGUGCGAGCACUGCGGGAGGCAGAGUCGCCGCCCGCUACUACACUACCUCCUGUCAUGCCCCGCCACAGCCGCUCUCAGACCACCGCCGCCCCUACCCAUCCAGCCUGUAGCCGGCGGCCUCCUCAGCAGACGUGAAGCCAGGGCGGCCCAUUUCAUCCGCCACACGCCCAGGGAGGCGAUGCUACAGGUGCUCAGGGCGGCACGUCCUCCCCGCUGA